GUUUUCAAGGCUCAACAUCGUCAUCACCUUUCAACGGUUGCAGUACUGCCAUCACAUCUCGACGCGGAGGCGAAACCAGCUGCGCGAAGUUUCCCUGUCGGUGGGUGUCGGUGGAGUUUCGUGGUUCCGGGUCCAUUUUACGCGGAGCAAGAACAGCAUUAACAGCUUCGCUGUUAAAAGACUUUGACCGGGUGAGUGAGGACAGACAAAAGCCAUGUUGUCUACGCCCGACGAUACAUCUAAAAUUCAGCGAGGCAAGACUGCCUUCGUGCUGGCGUUCGUCAUAAUCUCUGCACUGGCGUUCGGCCUUGUACUGCCGUACAUGCCGCGGCUCAUCAAUCUCGGAGGACUCGCGCGAGACCCCGACAGGUGGCAGAGCCUAGGCGAGGCGCUCCGCUCCGGGCUGUCCUCGUUCGAACGUCGCGGCAAGAGUAGAGGCCGCUGGUGGCGGAGCGGAAGCACGUGGCGCCCCUACGACUACGGCCAGGAGGUGCGCAUGUCGCUCGACUGGGCGGCCGACCCCUGCGAUGACUUCUACCGGUUCGUGUGCGGCCGCUGGCGUAGCAGCCACCCGGGACUGGACAACGAGUUCUCACGCCUGCACACGGACCUGCUGUCGGACGCCAUCCAUAAGCUGGCGCUCAGCAGAAACAGAAACACGAAGAACCUCUCUGUUGUCGAAUACGCCGGAGAGGCCCUGCGCUACUGCCUGUCGACGUACGUAAUCAAGUUGCACGACCUGACGCCCUUCUACACGCUGCUCCAAGAGUUCCCCUUCCGUUGGCCGUUCGUCGAGCUAGGAGUCCGCUUCGACAUCCUCGAACUUGGCGUCUCGAUGGCGCUUGGUUGGGGCAUACCCGUCCUCUUCGACAUAGAGGUGACCACUGACCUCCGCACAGACAACAAGACCAUCCUGCGCUUGACCAGGAGUGAUCCCUUGCUCGAAUGGAUCAGCCAGUGGUUCAACAAGGGCGGCCCAAGCCUUUGGUUUGCAGAGUUGCCACGCACUUUUGACCCGUUCAUCGACUACAAGAGCAUCGCGGCCAGGGUGGUCGAGCCUAGCGUGGAAGCGCUCAUGCUGCUCCUGUCCAGGAAGAACGCCGACGAGAUCGCCAAGCCAGCCUACGUCAGGCUCGGAGACGUGGGAUACCUGACGAGGGAACAGAUAACAUCGGAGCGGUGGAUAGAUACCAUUAACCACUACCUGCCGGAGGGGGUGAAGGUCGACCAAGACAGCGAGAUGCAUUUGCUCGACGAAUCAUUCAUAAGGAACAUCGGUGAGUUUGUGGGCUCCUUCGAGUCCACCAACAAAGAAGACGGCGUCGCCCUCAUGGUGGGCUGGGUGUUGGCUUACCACAUGGCACCGGCGCUCAGCUACAGGGUUUUCAAGUCCUACAAGAGCUCGGUGUCCUUGGCCGUGUACCACUGCCUGCAGCUGGUGUCCGACAUGGCCACGUACCCGCUCAACUGGUUCCUCACUGAGCAGAGCGUUAGCCCAGACGACUGGAACACCACGUGGGGCCUCCUUACAGACGUGCACGACUCGAUGGCGCGCUACUUCGACUGGAUGGACGCCGACACGCGCGACAGGGCGCUGCGCAGGCUCAGCGUUAUCCGCCACGUUGUCGCCUACCCGAGCGUGGACUCCACGCGAGAAACCGUAGAGAGGCGCUACGCAUACUUGCGGGAGACAGUGCGGUCUCCGUUCGGGUUGACCUACGUCGACAGCAAGCGACGGCAGCGCCAGCAGCGCAACCUUCUGCUCAAGGCGUCGGUGGCGCGACAGGACGACGACUGGUUCCCCGUGCCACUGGUGAACGCCGUGUUCCUGCCCUACUACCACAUCGUGUUCAUACCCACCUCCAUGAUGCUGCCGCCCUUCCUGACCUCGCAGUAUCCUGCGGCGUCGUACGGAGCCCUUGGUCACGUGCUCGCCCACGAGGAGAGUCACGCAUUCGACGUGGAAGGGGCGCCUGCGGACGCGGACGGUCUCUACCGCUCCUGGUACUCGGGUGCCACGGAGAGCCGCCUGGAGGACCGCAAGCGGUGCCUGCGCUCCGUGUACCGCGUGCCAACCGACGGCCCCUGGCCCACCGAGGGCGAGGACUACGCCGACUCACUGGGACUCAUGGUGGCCGCGACGGCCUUCAAGCGCCGGCUUCCGCCGCGCGCUCCGUCGGGGAUCGCGCCCUUCACCAACGAGCAGCUGUUCUACGUGAGCUCGUGCUUCAAGUGGUGCAACAGCCAGGGCCCACCUGGCGAGGCCGAGAGGGACCAGCGUCGGCAGGCCGUGCACUCGGACAUGUACAAGCGGUGCAUCGCACCGCUGCUCGUCCAGGAGAACUUUCUCGCAGCCUUCAACUGCACGCCCACCGCCGCCAUGCGCCGGCGCGAAGACUGCGCCUUCGCGUGACGCGACCGACUGGGCACCGCGAUAAAGGAGGCUAUACCACCAUGCGAUAAGCUUCUAUUUAUGAGUGUAAUUGAUCUGCUGUCCGUUUUGACGGCAAAUAAAAUUAUAGUUGACC